AACCUCACCAAACACAGAAACAACACAAAAGAGACCGACCGCCGUCGACCUCCUCGCCGCCAUUGUCGACCUCGCCGUCGAACGGUUUUCAUCAAAGGGCCAAAGAAAGCUUCUUCCGUUUCCUUUUCUUCUUCAGUGCAAAGUUCCAUUCUCCUCUUCAUUCAAGUUCCGGGUCACGCAUCGUGUCAUGGUGGAGAAGCACAUUUGAAAUGUUUGCAGCGGAAAAGCCAGCUGAGUAGCGGUCGAGUUGCUGUGGGAAAUCGAGCCUCGUUUCCAUCACCUUCUGUUCCUACGACAAAUAUGCAAACGGGUGGAAUUGAACCGCUUACAGGAGAGCCAUACUUUCAUGUCGUCCUUUCGAAAACACAUCUUAGUACCCGUUAUGGAAUGGGGCCGAGCAGCAGCAUAUGUGAAGAACUUCCUUCUAAAGAGGUUCCGACUAUUCUCAAAUAUCGGGGUAAGAGUUGGGGCAUGACUUAUAAUGGGCAGAACAAAACCAAACAGUUUGAUAGUGUUAGCUGGGAAAAAUUUGCUGAAGAUAAUUAUUUGAAGCUUGGAGACGCUUGUGUUUUUGAGCUCAUGAAAAACAGCGAAGAGGAAAUCGUCUUCAAAGUUCAAAUUCUUAGAGGUGAAGAAGAGCCAAUUUUGCUGUCCGAAUUUCCUGGAACAGGAAUGUUUGGACUAUACUUGAAUUUUGGGGAAUGGAAUGAUGCCAUGAUCCAUUAUUUUGGUUUGACUAAAAGGGAUGCAAUGGAACGAAUAUUCAUUGACCCAUUUUGUAGUACCCUGUUGGAAUGGAAUAGGUAUCCUCAUUAUACUUGAAUAGGUACCCUGUUGGAAUGGAAUAGGUACCCCAACGGUUGAGGCUUAGCUUCAUAAGCCUCGGUACCAGAUAGGUAUCCUCAUUGAAGAGAAAAAUGGAAGAGAGCUUAUUGAGUAGAGGUCUUUCAUUAUCUACAAG